UGGGCGCGGACCGCAACGCACCCCGCAGGGCCGGACUCCUCCCACCCUCCUUGGAGCCCGCCGCGCCGCGGAGCCGUCCGGCCGAAGUGCGUCCUCGCCCGCUGUGCGCGCGCUACUGGGGUCUCCAAAUCCUCCUCCUCAGGGGUCCGUGCCACACCUGCAGGCGCUGGUACCCAUUGGCGCUCAGUACACGUGUACCUUCUGGAGGCCCUGCUGCGUCUUUACAGCUUCCAGUAUCCCUGCAGAACCUUCCUUCCAGUAGAUUUGGCAGAAUCUUGUGUUGGGAAACAACUCUGUGUCUGUUGCAGAUUCCUUAAGGUCAAGGGUUAUUACUCCUUGCCCGGAAUGUGCAGUCUGCAUUAGGGAGGAAGAAGUGCCCAGACAAGAGAUUUUUGUUAUACACCUUCACAAAAAACAGUGAAAUGUCCGGUUCCUCACCGUUUAAGAGGCGAUUAGUUCAUUUGGACCUUAAAGGAGCUCCGCCAAAGGUCUCGUACCUCUCGGAGAUUUUUCCUCUGUUCCAUGCCCUGGGUGCAAACGGCCUCCUCAUUGAGUAUGAAGACAUGUUUCCCUACGAGGGCCACCUGAGGCUGCUGAGGGCCAAGCACGCAUACAGCCCCUUUGAAAUCAAAGAGAUCCUGCACCUGGCCACGCUGAACAACCUAGAGGUCAUUCCCUUGGUACAGACAUUUGGACACAUGGAGUUCGUGCUGAAGCACGAGGCUCUCACUCACCUCCGAGAAGUGGCACUUUUCCCCAACACACUGAACCCCCAUGAGGCGGAGUCCCUGGCACUGGUGGGAGCCAUGAUUGACCAGAUCAUGGAGCUGCACCCCGGUGCCCGAUGGCUCCACAUCGGCUGUGACGAGGUCUAUUACCUUGGAGAGGGUGAGGCCUCGAGACAGUGGCUGCAGCAGGAGCAGAACACCAAAGCAAAACUGUGUCUGUCCCAUGUGAAGGCGGUGGCCAGCCACGUGCAGGCCCGGCACCCUGCCACCACGCCCCUGGUGUGGGACGACAUGCUGCGGGACAUCCCCGAGGACCAGCUCUCAGCGUCGGGGGUGCCACAGCUGGUGGAGCCUGUGCUCUGGGACUAUGGAGCCGACCUGGACAUCCAUGGCAAGGCCCUCCUCAUGGAAAAGUACCGGAAGUGUGGUUUUUCCCAGCUGUGGGCUGCCAGUGCCUUCAAGGGGGCCACGGGCGUGAACCAGGCCCUGACCCCCAUCGAGCACCACCUCAGAAACCACGUGCAGUGGCUGCAGGUAGCCGGCAGUGGCCCAGCAGACAUGCUGCAGGGCAUCGUCCUGACAGGCUGGCAAAGGUACGACCACUUUUCCGUGCUGUGCGAGCUGCUGCCCGUGGGGAUCCCGUCCCUGGCCGUCUGUCUGCAGUCACUCCUACAUGGAGGCUUUGCUGAAGAUGUUAAAGCAAGAGUGGAGAACUUCCUAGGGAUUUCCAGCCUGGAAAUAACUGAUUUUAUGAGGUACCCCACACCCCAGCCCUGCCUCUCCCCUCACGCUUGGACCCGUCUCAGCUCAGCGUCUCUGUGCAGGGAAGGAGCCGGCUCCUUCCCCGGAAGCGACAUCCUCGCCCUCAUCACGCAAGUCAGCCUCCACCUGCGCAGCUCCGUGGACGCACUGCUGGAGAGGGACAGGUACGUGACCGGCUGGUUCAGCCCCUUCCAUCGCAGGCGGAAGCUCAUCCACCCGGUCAUGAUCCAGCACAUCCAGCCCCAGGCCCUCAGUCUCCUGGCCAGGUGGAGUGCCCUCGUGGGGGAGUUGGAGGCCGCCCUGCAGCGUGUCUUCUACUCGGACACCGUGGAAGAGUGGCUGGAGGAGAACGUGUACCCCAGCUUGCAGCAGCUGCAGGGUCUGCUGCAGGACCUCAGCGAGGCGGCUGGCCCCCCACCCUCACUGGCCAGCCCUGGCCUGUACACGAGUCAAGACCCCUGAGGGGAGGGGGCCGAUCGUGGGCCUCCUUGCACCCUUGUCCAGCUGCAUCCGGCCUGACGCUUGCCUCCUGUUGAGCCCGGGACAGCGAGCAAGCAGGCAGCACCCAGGGUAGACAGUUAUCGCUGGGGAAAGAAAAGUGGAAACACAGAGAAAAAGGCCCCUGGGAGUGAGUGAUGACCUGCAUGUGGGACUUGAGUUCUGAAAUAAAAAGAGCAGGAGCUAGCAGUCA